AUGGAAUCAAAAUCAAUUCCUAAAGUUCUUCUCAAUUCAGGUCACAAAAUGCCAAUGCUAGGGUUUGGCACUGGAACUGUACCCUUACCACCAUCUUAUGAACUCAUUCCAGCAUUCAUCAAUGCCAUCAAAGUUGGUUAUAGGCAUUUUGACACUGCAGCUUAUUAUGGUUCAGAAGAAUCUCUUGGUCAAGCCAUAACACAAGCAUUGGAACAAAAUCUUAUUAAAGAUCGUAAUGAACUUUUUGUCACUACUAAACUAUGGUGCAGUGACGCUCACCCUGGCCUUGUUCUCCCCGCACUCGAAAGCUCACUCAAGAGAUUGGGCCUAGAAUAUGUGGAUUUAUACCUAAUACAUUUUCCAGUGAGGUUGAGACAAGGUGUUGAAGGGGCUAACUUCAACAAUGGAGACAUUCUUCCUUUUGACAUGAAAGGAACAUGGGAAGAUAUGGAAAAAUGUGCUACUUUGGGCUUGACUAAGUCUAUUGGUCUCAGCAACUUUGGCGUCAAAAGAAUUUCUGAAAUUCUACAAUAUGCAACUAUUCCUCCUGCUCUUGUCACGGUGGAAAUGAAUGCAGCAUGGACACAAGAAAAUCUAAGAAAUUUCUGCAAAGAGAAAGGCAUUCAUGUGAGUGCAUGGUCACCUUUAGGAGCUAAUGGAGCUGCAUGGGGUUCACUUGCUGUUAUGGACAGUCCAAUACUCAAAGAAAUUGCAACUUCAUUAGGAAAAUCUGUGGCACAAGUUGCAUUGAGAUGGAUAAUAGAGCAAGGUUCGACUCCAAUUGUGAGGAGCUUCAACAAGGAAAGAAUGAAAGGAAAUCUUGAAGUAUUUGAUUGGAAGCUAAGUGAGGAUGACUUGGAGAAGAUCAAGAAAAUACCACAAUAUAAGGCUUUUAAAGGAGGACGUUUUAUCACAGAAAAUGGACCUAACAAAACUGUGGAAGAUCUUUGGGGUUGA